AUGGCGGCAAACGCGAAUCCGCAAGCUCGCAAUGGGAACAGCGCCAUCUUUUCUCCCUCGAUGGCUAAGGCCCCUACACACACAAGGCGGAUGUUGCAUACCUGCAUGAGGCAGCCUGGCGGGUGGGAUCCCUACAACACCCAACUACAGUGCUUGCCGGAUCAAAGCUGCUGCGAUGCCCGAGCUCACAAGAAGAGAGGUACACUGAGGGACAGCCGACCGAAGGACACGGUGCGGAACCAGCCCACCCUGACCAUCACCAAGCGAUUCAUACACAGGCUUAUCCAAGCGCCUGGCUCACAGCACAUGACACCACUCCCUACCCGGGAUAUACAUCGCAGCGCCAAGACGGAGCUACAGACCCAGCAGACAGCCACACUCCGCUUUAGUAUGGAACACCCCAAAGACAGCCUCUAUUCCUACGCAAGCCAGGGCAUAGGCUGA